CAGCGGAAUGAUGAUCUGAACAUGGCGCCGAUCCUUGGGUCGGUCGCCCAAGUUUUACGGCAAGCGGAAACUUUGAAAGCCGCUUUGAAAAGCAGUGUUGAAGAUUUUAUUGUUGGCAGCGAAGGGUGGCAGUCUAGGCAAAGACUGCAGGAUUUGUAUAAAAGUAUCCUGUUGACAGACCUUGAGUCUGCGUUGGACAAGAAGGUGGAGCAAGACCUGUGGAACAGUGCUUUUAAAAGCCAGGUUGACUUUUUAAGGCAUCAAACAAAGGAAAGGAAGGGCCCAAAAAAAGUGGAGGUCCAGGCGGUUUUAACCCUGUUUCUUGAAGCUGCUAGUGGCUUCUAUAUUCAGCUGUUGCAGGAGUUGUGCCUGACAUACAGGCUAGACAUUCCUGGUCAUGUCAGGUCAUCACAGUUGGGUAUUCUUGAAGAAAUCAAUGGAAACAGUAGUCCAGUGAAGAAGCCUCACACUCAGUCUUGCUAUUACAUCUGCCAAGACUGUCUUGUCCACUUAGGAGAUAUUGCUCGUUAUUGUGAUGACCCUGAGCAGGCUGAAGUGUUUUACCAUCAUGCACUUGUAUUAGUACCAUCAAAUGGUCAACCAUACAACCAGCUGGCCAUUCUAGCAAGUGGUAAAGGAGAUGAGCUGGCCACUGUUUAUUACUACUGUAGGAGCAUUGCUGUUAAGAACCCAUUCCCAGCUGCUUCAACAAAUCUUCACAAAACACUGAGCAAAGUGGUGGCAAGGCAUAAUACAAGAGAUGGCAUUGCAGACAUAUCUAAGGCAGAGUUUAACCAUAUUUUCCUUCAAUUUCAUGGCCUUAUGUAUCUUGCUCAAGAUUUUGAUCAAGCAAGAGUUCUGAAAGAUCGAGUUGUUGCUGCAUUUAAAGGGAUCUUGAAGGAGGACAAAUUUACCUCUGAGUUCCUUACCAAAUUGGUAACAAUCACAGUAUUUGUUUUGUGGCACAUCAGAACAGGAGGGGGAGAUGAUCUGGAGGACUUUGAUUGCAUUGGCAAAGAUGAAGAGGAGUGCUGGCAAAUGACUCUGGAGUUCACAGUGGAGCUAUUUGAUACCCUUGUUCUUCAUGUGUGUGAAAAUUACCCAUACAAGGAACAGUCUGCAGCAGAAUGUCAUGUGCUGCCAGCUUUGAACCUGUUAUGCCAGUGGAUGAUGGGCUCAUCUCCUAACACCUGGAAUGGACAGCUGCUCAAGAAGACCAAGGUGUGGGAGGACUUUGCAGCAUUGUUAAACUUGUUUCAAGUGACACACCCUCAUCUUCCAGAGAAAAUGGAUCUUCCUCUUCACGAAGACUGGGAACUGCAGAGCUUCCUACCUCUUAGGGUCAGUCAGAGGAAACUAACUUACAGUAUGAAGAGGACAAGACCUGAAGAUGAGUCUGUGCAUAGAGUUGGUAGGCUGCUCAGGUUUGGAAAUCGUCUGGUUAAUAACGCCCCUCGUGUGUUGUCUAAAUUGGAGGAUCUCACAACUGGCUUGUCUAACUUCUCCCUGAAGAUAAACACUUCAUCACCCAUCGAAGAGGAAGAGAAGUUUCCAAAGUCACCCCAAGACAUUGAUUUAGAGUCUGCUGGGCAAAAGCUUCUGGCUUCUUUGCCCAACCUGAACAAGACGACCCCAGCAGGGACACCCUUCGCUGAAACAAGCUCCUUGUUCAAGGGCCCAUUAGAUGUAGUUCAGACUUCAGCGGGAAUUGUUCCACCCUCUCCCUCCACAGUAGCGCAGUACUCACUGUUCCAGUCGGGGUGGAACGUACCCUUGACUUCUGCGGCUCUGUCUCAACCAGAUCACCCUUCCCCAAGACCUGUUUCCAAGCCUUCGCAUCACCGUGUAUCCCCGACUGACCACUUGCCUUCGGCCACUGGAAGCAACUCGGUAUUUCCACCCACUCUGCCUACUCCCCCAGUUCCUGAGAACCGCAGACCGACCAGCUUUGGAACCAGUUUCCCCCCAGCUGCGAUACAGGGAAAUUUCAACUCUCCUUCCCAAUCCCCUUUUGGUGGAUUUGGUUACGGUGGCGGAUGGAGUUCUGGGGUCUGGGCACCAAAUUCAUCGAGUGCCAGUGGUAGUGGUGGAACAAGUCCUGGAGCACAUGGAUUACACUCCAUUUGGGGUUCUGACUUCACUCCUCCGUCGGAGGGCAUGUCCCCUCUGCAGCAGCUGCUGCAGGAGCAGAAGAAACACCAACAGAAGGACACCUGAUAAUUCAGUUUAAAUCCUAAGUGAGGUUCAACGUGACCAAUACUAAGUGGUUUCCAUGAGGGCAGCGGGUGUGGGAACACGCGUAUACCCAGCUCAAUUAUUACUGCACUUGGAGCUUUAAUACCAGUUCAUUAGCAGUCACCGGGAAUGCUGUGCAAUACACCAGCAAUAAGUGCUGAGUUCGUGAGCUCCUUAAGAUUUCCCCGUCCGUCAGUGUAUACCUCUGCAGUUUUUGAAUCAAGAGCGUAGAAAUAAGUUGAGCCCAAAAGAAAAUUUCUUGAAAACUCGGCAGGGCAGAAUCUUGAUUUUUCCGUCGUCUCUAUUAGAAUAACGCAAUAUUGAGUAGAGAAUGAGGUUCUACAGUUAGAUAACAACUCUUGGACAGCUUACAUCUACAUAGUCACAGAAUCUGUGGCUUGUAAUUUAAAGUACUUUGUUGUCACUACUUUUUGUGGCUUAAACAUAAUGAGUAAAAAGUAAUCGCGUUACAGCACAUUUUGAUGUAGGAAACAUAUAUCCAUGAUUUAGGUUCGCUUUAAAUUUUACAUACCUAAGUUAAAAUCCAACCUUUCUUUUCCAAUUCGUCUUUGAUUCCAUAGAUUUAAGAGGGCCCUAACCUCUAAGGUUGACGAGUACGGAAUUAAAAAAUAGCUACUAAACCUAAUGUUUGGCGAUUGUUAACGAGCGUCGGGGGAACCUGAGCUUCUUGGAAUUGUUUCGUAUUUGCUUAAAGGGUUAAAGCAUUUUACUUUUUCUUUGAAGUAAGUUUACUCAGGUGGGCAGUAUGCCUUUAGUCAGUGAUAUUCUCUGUAUGUCGGGUUUUUAAUUAUCUCUAGAUCACUAACUCACGGAAAACUUAAAGAAGGCAGCCAUUAAUUUGCUCAUUAAUUUAUGGUUAUGACGGUGUGGGUCUGGUUAGAAAAUGUUAGUGGAAUUGCAAUCAUGGAAUAGUGUUCAUUUUUGGGGUGUGUCGCAUUUUCUUUGAGGAGCUUUAACUGUUGUGAUUUCGUACAUGUUGAGACGCUGACAAUAAAAUCUUCGGUCCUUUA